UGAAAUGUGUGUAUGUGGGCGGUGCUACGAGUGACUUAGCAGGAAGACAGCGGUGCGCUUUCAUCAUCCCGCCGUAGAAUGGUCGCUUUUCCUCGGCUGGGAUCCGAGAGUCGGACCGCUGGCAGAGACUUGGGAAAAUCAAUGAAGAAUUCGAGCCUCUAGUUUAGGGGUUAUUUUAGUCAAAAUGUGGCGUUUUGGGAGGCCACCGGGAACGGAAGUGUUAAGAUGGAGCUGCCAAGGGUCACCAAGAGAUGUCUGCUGCAAACUUCACAGCAGGGCUCUUCAGAAAACCUUUAACAUUAGUCUCCGGUCAGAUGGCAUCUGUGGCAGCCUAAAUCGGCCUCACUUCUCAUUUCCAACCAAGACAACAAACUCUUAUAGAAAUACAUGGAAAGAGCUGAGAACAUCCAUGUGCUAUUCCAUCUCUGGAUUCAAUCCUAGGUUCUUUUGUACUUAUGAACCUGUCACAGCAGAUCCCAUUGAGAUCCACAAACAGAAGUUGACACAAUGGUUCAGUCACCUUCCUCAAGAGGAGAGGCAGUUCGGUGGCUACUUUUCUCCCGAGACUAUGCAUGUGGAGCCACUUGUCCUAGAGCGUCAUCCAGAUGAGGACAGAGGUCUUAAUCCCUUCAAAGGAAAGACAAGCAUAUCCACACGUCCCCCUCUCACAGCUGAGAAGCUCUUUGAUGCUGCUAACAAUAAUGGAAACAAGGCACGAGGAUUGAAUGUUUUGCUAUACGGUGCUGUCGGCACUGGGAAAAGUACUGUUGUGCGUAAACUGGUGCUGGAUUGGUGUGCUGGAUCUGUUUUCCCCCAGUUCAAACUUGUGUUGCCCUUCUCCUGUGAGGAUCUUUCCCAUUUAUCCAAAGUGACAUCCCUUCGGGACCUCGUGGGAAGGAAGUACAUGCACCUUCGCAAGACACCUUACCUUAGUGGAGAUAAUGACAAGGCUAAGGAUGUCCUCUUCAUCUUCAAUGGAAUGGAAAAGAUGAAGUUGGAUUUUCGCAUCGGCUCCACAGAGUUAUGUAGCGAUCCCAAUGAGGCUCUCCCAUCGGGAGCUGUUGUUGUUAAUCUACUCAGAAAAUACCUGUUACCUGAGGCCAGCAUUUUGGUUACAACCAGACUAUCUGCUGUGGACAGAGUUCCUAAAAAAUACAUAAACCGUUAUGUACAAAUCUGCGGCUUCAAUGAUCCCGUUCGACAGAGAGCCUACUUCACCAGCAGGCUCUUGCAACAGAACGAAGGCAAGCCGAGCAAGUCGGCCGAGAUGCUCAUAGAAAUGCUUUACCUAAAUCUACAGCGGGAGAGUCAGUUAGCAACCGCCUGCUUCUUACCAUCUUAUUGCUGGCUCACAUGUGCCACUCUGCAUUUACUGCAUUUUACUGACACAAAGUCACCAAUUCGUACCCUCACUGGCAUCUACACCAGCUUCAUGAGGCUCAACUUUGGAGGAGAAGUGAUCACCGUGGAUGGAAAUGUCUCUUCACAAGAGCAACAGAACUCGUUAAUGCUCUAUGUGGUGCGUACUGUUGGCAAACUAGCUUUUGAUGGCAUCACCAACAAGCGGACAUCGUUCUCCGCUGAAGAAAUGGAGCAGUGGGUUGGCGGUAAGACCAAAACGGAUGAAGAGCUCCAGCAACUAGCGGUGUUUCGCACAGAUGUGCUUGACUUCUUUCUAGUUCCUCGUGAUUAUCACGGAAUAGAUCCUGAAUCUGGUGGUAGACACUAUGUGUUUGCUGUUCCUGCCAUGCAGGAAUAUCUAGCUGCUCUUUACGUCGUUCUUGGCGAGAACAAAACCGUCCUAGAGAAGUUGACUAAGGAGGUUUCGGAGGCUUUGGGACAAGCCAGUGAGGACAUCUCAAGCCUACUGAGCAUCCUCUCCAAAGUCAUACCUUUCCGAAUCUUUGCUAUUUUCAACUUGCUUAAGUUGUUCCCGAAAUUCUUCGAGCGAGUCAGCAGCCACAGCAAAGGGCGUAUCGCGAACACCAUGGCAGCGGAAAUGUUUCGUUCGGAGGAUAGCUUCAAUGAAGAUGUCUUGGAUCAGGUGGAACAAAGCCUGCUGGGUGUGCAUGGUCCACAGCCGCAGGAGGAAAGCUACACACGAGCGUUUGAACUCUACCCUAUCUUCAUGGGUGGGCUUCUUCAUUACGGGAACCGGAGGCUGUUAGACCAGCUCGGAUGCAGCAUCAAGAGUCACACGGUUUCUCAGAUCACCCGUGCACUGAGGAAACACCUGAUCAAGCAGAGCCAGAAGAAGCAGCCUCCUGAGGAGCUCAUGGACCUUCUGGUCCUGCUGUAUGAGUUCCAGAACCCUCGGCUCACAGCUGAAGUCCUCCAGUCAAUCAAGACCAUCAACUUGUCAACUGUACGCAUGACACCACACAAGUGCUUCGUGCUAAGCAUGGUUCUGAGCUGCACGAGCUCAAGCUUCCAACUGAAUGAGCUCAACCUCUCCUCCUGCCACAUCACUCCAGAAUUACUGCAGAUGCUCUGGCCAGCCUUCCAUCACACUAGCAACCUCAAUCUUCAGUUUAACAGCCUGGGUCCCGAGUCCUGCAUUCCACUGCGAGAUCUCCUGCUUGAGCCCAACUGUACUAUUAAGUCAAUACAGUUGUGUGACAACUACCUCACCGACACCGGCAUCAGCCAUCUACUGGAAGCUUUGUCUGGUAACCACUCUCUUCAGCGGCUGAGUCUGAUGCACACAGGCCUCGGUGACCAAUCAGCACAGCUGCUGGCCGAGAGACUGGGCCAGCAUGAAAUGAUACAGGAGCUGAAUGUGGCCUACAACAACAUCGGAGACAGUGCGGCUCUCACGCUGGUCGAUGCCUGUCGUGAACAUCCCAGCAUCCACACAGUACACCUAUACCUAAACCAGCUUACCGAUGUGGGCAAGCAGUCGCUGUAUGUGCGUGGUGGACCUCGGGUCAAGAAGGGUCGGCGGGUGAAGGUCCUGGCAUCGGUAACCGAGGGUUCGGACAUCUCAGAGGACUGGCAUCCCAUUCUGAGCGUUAUUGGAAAAAAUUCUCUUUCAUGGGACAGAGACCGUGUACGUGAGCAACUGCUGGUCUUCCUGAAAGACCUGGAAUGGGGUCGCAAACAGCACUCGAGUUUCUGGAAAAAGAUGCACUUCCGACGUGUUGAGAGCACCGUGAGGCAAAUGCUGCACUUACUGCAAAAGAGCAGUGAUACGGGAACAGGGUCCGGUACAAAAUAAUGCAACUAUCAUAGAAGCUAAAGGGAUGGGUGUUUAAUUUCUCAAAGAGAUUUUUGUUGCCAUAUUUCAGUCCAGUCAGCCUCAAUUUUUCCAGUUACAAAAUAUCCAUCUGCGUUAGCAUUGGGUCAUUAUGAGAAAACACUGUGACAAAUUAAUUUGAUUGUUUGAGGAAAAGAUCAAUAUUCACUACUCCGUAGUUUUUCAGAUUACUACUUGAAAACUGCUCCGUGUUACACAGUAACAGAUUUUGCCAUUUCCUAUGCAUAUGUAAUCAGGGAGAAUUCAGGGUUCUUUGUUACAUAAAAUAAUGUUUUACUCCUUUGUGUAUAUGUUUAAACUCUUUAAACAAUGUUUAAGCAUCAAAUUGUGCUCUAGAAAAGGGCAACACAGUAAUGUAAGCAAGAAAAGAGUUUAAAUGCAAUAUUAACACAUCUUUUGCCUUUAUGAUUGAAAAAAUGUUUGAACUGAUUGUGACUAAAAUUUGCUGUGCAAUAACAAAAUAAAACUAAAAGUGCUGA